GAACAACAAACUCCACUAUCCACAAGGACAUCUCAGCAAUCCUUAACCUCUUAAUACUUCUCUAUCCUCAACCUCGACUUCUCAAUACCCAAACUCCCAUAUCUCAAUACCUCAACACAAGAUCCUAAAUCAACCUUCAAAAUGCGUGAGAUUGUCCAUCUUCAAACCGGCCAAUGUGGUAACCAAAUUGGUGCUGCUUUCUGGCAAACUAUCUCUGGCGAGCACGGUCUUGACGGUUCCGGUGUCUAUAAUGGUACAUCCGAUCUCCAACUUGAGCGUAUGAACGUCUACUUCAACGAGGCUUCUGGCAACAAGUAUGUUCCCCGUGCCGUCCUCGUCGAUUUGGAGCCAGGUACCAUGGAUGCUGUCCGUGCCGGUCCUUUCGGUCAACUCUUCCGUCCCGACAACUUCGUUUUCGGUCAAUCUGGUGCUGGUAACAACUGGGCUAAGGGUCAUUACACUGAGGGUGCUGAGCUUGUCGACCAAGUUCUUGAUGUUGUCCGUCGUGAAGCUGAAGGCUGUGACUGCCUUCAAGGAUUCCAAAUUACCCACUCUCUCGGUGGUGGAACUGGUGCCGGUAUGGGUACGCUUUUGAUCUCCAAGAUCCGCGAGGAGUUCCCAGAUCGUAUGAUGGCUACCUUCUCCGUCGUCCCAUCGCCAAAGGUUUCCGAUACCGUUGUCGAGCCAUAUAACGCAACUCUCUCUGUCCAUCAAUUGGUUGAGAACUCUGACGCGACCUUCUGUAUCGAUAACGAGGCUCUUUACGAUAUUUGCAUGAGAACCUUGAAGCUCAGCAACCCAUCUUACGGAGAUCUUAACCACUUGGUUUCCGCCGUCAUGUCCGGUGUUACCACCUGUCUCCGUUUCCCUGGUCAACUUAACUCAGAUCUCCGAAAGUUGGCUGUUAACAUGGUUCCAUUCCCCCGUCUCCAUUUCUUCAUGGUUGGAUUUGCUCCUUUGACCAGUCGUGGCGCACACUCUUUCCGUGCUGUCACCGUUCCAGAGUUGACUCAACAAAUGUACGACCCUAAGAACAUGAUGGCCGCUUCCGAUUUCCGUAACGGUCGUUACUUGACAUGCUCUGCCAUUUUCCGUGGUAAGGUUUCCAUGAAGGAGGUUGAGGACCAAAUGCGCAACGUCCAAAACAAGAACUCAUCCUACUUCGUUGAGUGGAUCCCUAACAACGUCCAAACCGCCCUUUGCUCCAUUCCUCCCCGUGGUCUCAAGAUGUCCUCCACCUUCGUUGGUAACUCGACAUCCAUCCAAGAACUUUUCAAGCGUGUCGGUGAUCAAUUCACUGCUAUGUUCAGAAGAAAGGCUUUCUUGCAUUGGUACACUGGUGAAGGUAUGGACGAGAUGGAGUUCACUGAGGCUGAGUCCAACAUGAACGAUUUGGUUUCCGAGUAUCAACAAUACCAGGAUGCCUCGAUCUCUGAGGGAGAGGAGGAGUACGAAGAGGAGGUCCCAAUUGAGGGCGAGGAAUAGAUAUCUGAUGUCAUUCCUACUUUGCUUCUUUGAGAAAACGACGGGCUGGUUACUAAUCUUGCAUUAGUAGCAACACGAUGUCGAAUCAUAUUUAUUGAUAGCAAGGUUGAUAAUUUCUGAAGUGUGGUUUGUUUUAGUCUUUUUGUUAAUUAGGAGCGAGUGGUAUUGAGGGCGUAGAGCGACUACACAUCGUCGAUACCCUAUGGAGUAGUUCAUCUUGAUGGAUUAAGAAGUCAAGACUAUUUUACAACUUGAUGCCUACUGCAAAUUUAUAUGGUGAUGUCAAAUGUGCUAAAUAUCCCACCUAAUACCGAAAGAGUCUACUGAGACCCCUGCUAAGAUAAGGUUUCACGCAUUUAUUAUUGCGAUGGACUGUCAGGGUAUCUUCUCUACAUUCAUUUUGAGUGGUUCCAUAUCGUCAAGAUCAUCACUUCCAUGCUCACACCUCAAUGCACACGAGAAGAGUCUUGAGACAAUUCAAGUCGAUUAGAAUCGCUCCA